CAGUGGGCGUGCCCUGCAACAUGACGUAAAUGAAUGGGAUAUUCUUCCUGCUUAGGUGGACCAGCCAAGUCAAGUUUGUGUUUAGCUACCGGUAGUAAGCCUAUGAGAAUUAGCCAACUAACUGGCCAUGGAAAGUUCCUUAGUGACAGAACAGACUGACUCCAAAGUCCUGUCUGACUCUACCAAUCCUCUGUCUGAUGAUGCAACAGUAGUUAACAAAGAUGGAAUAAAAGAAGCAGAUUGGGCCAGACAGGAAGAGGAGGGCGCAAACCUCUGCCGACACUUCCUGCGAGGCAGGUGCCACUUUGGAGACAGGUGUCGCUUGUCUCACAGCAUGCCUUCCUCUGACACAAUUGAGAUGCCCGAGGAAGACCUGGAAUGUUGGGAUGACUCAGAGAAAGAGGAGAAAAACAAAAAGAACAGGAAAAAAAUGUCCAAGUCACCAAAGAAAGUGAAAGAGUCAGAGAACAAUGAGCCAGUAAAGAAGCCUCGGAUGCGCACAGCUGAUGAUGUUAUCAACAGAAUCCGCUGGGACUCAGCGAUAGACUCUGCUGAUUUUGUGGUGGGUCACAUAGACCGCUUCCUUGGAGUGCUAGAGAGGCCAUUCGAUGAGUUUGCGUGGGACACAUCCGUGUCUGACUGCGACUACUCCGAGGAACUGGCCCUCCCCAGACACAGGAUCCAGUACUUCACCUACCGGGGGCAGCGUGUGUGGGAUCGAGAUAACAGGACUGACCGAGUCUUUGGCUCAACAGGACAAACUGUGAUGCCCCCUUUUGGUGGUAAAGCCCAACAACAAGAUAAGAGACAACAAGCGGACAACAAUCUGGACUCAACAUCAACUGAAGAACAUCAACAGAUGCCACACAGGGAACAUGAAGAGAGUUGUGAAAAUACCACAGAAUGGCCGAAUAUGGAGCAGGAGAACACAGAUCCAGGUGGCACCUCAUGUGGCAACCACCAAACAGGAAAUGAGAUCUCCUCAGAUGAACCAGAGUCUGGUGAGCGGCACUCUUUAGAGAAUUUAUCACAACAGCUGUCAAUCUCCCAGAAAGACAACGGCAUUAAAGGUGACGCAGAGCAAGAAUGGAAAAGUGACUGGGAUGGAGCAGAAGAGAAAGAGCACCUGCAAUGGGAAGGUGUAACCCCACAAUGUCCUAAUAGGCAGGUCGGUCCAUCCGGAGUACCCCCAGGUCCACAGGAGCUGAGUCCAGAGCCCCAGGUGCCAAAGUCAGUUUCCCAGCCACCGAAACCAGGGCGGGUGAAAUGCAGACCCACUCACUUCAUUGGCUUUCGGGUCGACUCCCCCGCUGCCCUCCACGCCUUCCAGCGCCUUCAGGCCAAGGUGCUGGCCCACCUGCCUGAGUCGGAACGUCUCUGGCAGAGCCCCGCAAAGCUGCAUGUCACCCUGUCCCUGCUGGUUCUCCCUGGACCAGCUGAAGUGUUUGCAGCGGCCGAGCUGCUCCGGACCAUCGUGAAGACACUCCGCAAACCGCCCAUAACUGUCACUUUCACUCCAAAGCUGAAACAUUUUGCUGAGAAGGUUCUGUACUUAGUUCCCCAGCCUCUGUCUGACAUCCAGACCCUGAACGCGCCCAUUCAGCAGGCAUUCAGACAGAAAGGCUGGUUGCAUCAUAACUCCCGAUGCCCCUCCUAUCAUAUGACCCUUGCUAAGGCAGAAGAUGAUCGGCCAUUUGGGAAUGUGGGGGUGAUCAAGCUGGCGAAGGACAUCAACUUUGGGAAACUGGAGGUACAGAAGCUUUAUCUUUGCAGUGUUAAGUCACCAGAGACAGAGAGUGGAUUCUAUGAAACAGUCUGUGCAGUUACCUUCCCGGAAAUAUAACAGUAUGUCUUAACCACGGUUCAAGUGUCAUAGGUUAAGACGCUCUGUCCUAAGAAGAAAUAAGAAUGUCAUUGUGUCUGAUUAUAUGCAAUACGUGAAAUCAACUUUACUUGUGGUGUAUAUGUAAUUAACUGGUGGGAAAUCACUUUGGCCAUAACCGUUGAGACCAGUGAUGUAGAAAGGCAUGUUAAAAUAAAUCAUGAGUAAAUAUUUAAAGAUACUUUGCAUAAUUUUAUACAUUUAUAAUCUUUCAGAGCUGCCCAUAGGUUUUGACAGUAAAAUAUGUAUGACAUGAAAUGGUAUGAAUCUACAACAAGGCUUUUGAAAUGUGUUUUACUGCCAUUAAAGUUAAGCCCCUUUACAAGCCA